AGGUGUUUUGAGCAGCGUGAAGCGCCUGGAUGCCAAUGGAGAGGAGUGGCAGAACGUCCAGGCCAUGCCCUCGCCGCGGCGCCUGUGUGCGGCGACCGCCUGCAACGGUUCUCUUUACGUCUUCGGGGGUGAGGCUGUGAACCUCAUUCCAGGCAUCCCUAACUCGGUGAACAACCUUGAUGGCAUGAUCCGAUACUUUUGGCCCACAGAUGGCCAGGACUACAUGCAGCUGGAUAGCGCUGAACGCUUCGACCCCAUGCAUGGCACCUGGGAGGUGCUUCCACGGAUGCCCACCUCGCGCGCGGGCUGCGCGGCCACCACUGCGGAUGGUUUGAUUUAUGUUUCUGGAGGACGCUUGGGCGAAACGGUGCUGAGCGUCUUCGAGCGCUACGACCCCCACAUCGGCCGCUGGGAAGUGCUGCCGAGGGUGCCCACCGCGCGGAGUGGCUGCUCCAGCGUGUCGGUGAAGGGCGGGAUCUAUGUCUUGGGUGGGAAAUGUAGCAACGGCCGUGUGCAGGGCGUUUGUGAACGCUUUCACCCCACUUUUGGUCGUUGGGAGAAGCUCCAACCAAUGCUCUCGCCGCGCUCCGCCUUCGCAGCAGGCGUCCUCAUGGAGGUGAUCUAUGCCGCUGGCGGCUUCAACGGAGCGGUUGGCUUGUCUAGCGUCGAAUGCUUUGACCCAGCCACUGGCUUUUGGUCGGAGACGGUGGCGAUGAACACCCCGCGCGUGGGGGGCGCUGCGGCGGUCACGGGAGGUUGCCUGUACGUCUUCGGUGGCAAGUCCUCCGAGGACCUGGCCUUGGCGGGCGAAUCCUACGAUCCCACGCGGGAGAUCUGGACCCGCAUGCCGCCCAUGGAGGAGCGACAGGUCUAUUGUGCUGGUGCGGCAGCUGUUUGUGCUUGCUCACCCUUCUCCAGUGACUGCAUGGAGCUCUCCAAAGAGAGCUUCUCGCGCGAGCAAGCCUUCGAUGCCCUGACGCCAUGCCAGUGAAAGCCGACCUCCGGAUCCUCCCUGAUCCUCCCUGACCUCCCCACCUGACCAUGUUACCGACCUAGAAACUAGAUCUUGUCAGCUGCUGUCUCUCUUGUAGUGCCAAGGGCGGUGGCUUCGUCUUCCGAUUGCGUGCAUGGCGAGGGCACAUGGAGAUUACGGAAAGAGCUG